CAUUUAACAGAUUUGAAAUGCUUUGCCCUGUUAUUUGAAAGGCUGAAUUAAAAUAUGUCUUCUAAUAGGGAAAGAAGAUGACUUCUGCCAAGGAACUGCCAUCAAGUCUGACCACUGAGCAGAACCAAUCUCCUCAUCUGCCUCUCUGCACAAACCCUGGCAACCCGGUGUUCUCCUGUACGCUGGACCCCAAAACACUCAGGACCAACGGUUCUUUGACAAAGCCUCAGGUUUUACUGUUUAAAACAACUUCAAGUGAAUAUGGUGCUAUCCCACCCAUCUCACAGAUGAUACCCUGUAUUUAUCAUCCCGUGGAUCAAACCUUUUCAAAACACUUGCUGACUUGUGCAUCCUUUCAAGACAGUUAUUUAAACACUGCCAUUGACAGAAGUAGGGUAUACGACUACCCCAAUUUCCAGCAUACUCUAUAAAAAUACAUCUCCAUCUUUUUUUUCCCAUAGACUUAGAUGAGACACCUAGCUUUAAGAAAAUAAAUCUGUUAUUUCAGUCAUUCUGGGAAUAACUGUCA